CCACGUGAAAAUGUCAAAUGUCGAAUGUAUAAUGUCAUUUUUAGGUUACUAAACAGUACUUAAAGUUCACUUUUAAGGUCAAAGUCCUAUUUUAGGUAAAAUUGUCAACUUUGUACUGGGAUCUGACGGUUUCAGUUUCACAAAGUUUAGUGGAAUUACCUUACGAUGUCUACCAUUCGGUUUUUGGGAGCCCUUUCUAGGUCAUCUAAACAUUUUCAGUUUUAUAGUAUUUACCAAAAAAGAUGUAUGUCUUCAGCGGAACUUAAACAUUUUAAACUAAAGGUGGUUGAUAAUGUAGGUGUGAUAACAAUAGAUUCUCCCGGAGUUAAAGUAAAUUCGUUCAAUGAAGAAGUAAUGAAUGAAAUAAAAAUUUUGUUUCCUAAGAUUCAAAGUGAUCCACAAAUUCAAGCAUGUGUUAUAAUUUCUGGUAAACCAGGAUGUUUUAUCGCCGGAGCUGAUAUAAACAUGUUGGAAUCUUGGAAUAGUGUGGACGAAAGUAUAAAAAAAGUUACGGAGGGCCAGAAAGCGUUACAAGAAGUUGAAGAUAGCCAAAAACCUUUUGUUUCAGCUAUUCAGGGUUCUUGUUUUGGUCUUGGGACUGAAUUAGCAUUAGCUACACAUUACAGAAUUGCAGUCAAAGAUAGAAAGACUGCUUUGGGAUUACCAGAAGUGAUGUUGGGUGUUCUUCCUGGAUGUGGUGGUACUCAAAGGCUACCUAGGUUGAUCUCGUACCCAAGUGCCAUGGAUCUCAUAUUAACUGGAAAAAGUUUACGUGCUGAUAAAGCGAAAAAAAUGGGCGUGGUAGAUCUUUUGGUAGAUCCCUUAGGUCCAGGCUUAGAAUCGGCCGAAGUAAAUACGUUAAAAUACCUUGAAAAAAUUGCCGUAGCAACUGCCAAAGAUUUAGCUUCUGGUAAACUGAAACCCAAACGAGAAAAGAAUUUAACAGAUAAAGUAUUGAACUACGCAUUACAAUUUAAUUUUGCGAAAGAUUUCAUUUUUAAUAAAGCUAAAAAGCAAGUCAUGAAGAUGUCUCAAGGACUAUAUCCUGCACCUUUAAGGAUUCUAGAAGUUCUUCGCACAAGUUUAGAUAAGGGUCAUACUGUAGGCUUUAAGGAAGAAGCUAGGGCUUUUGGCGAGUUAGCUGUAACACCACAAUGUAAAGGAUUAAUUAGUUUGUUCAAAGGACAAACUCAAUGUAAAAAAAAUCGUUUUGGUAAACCAAGUAAACAAGUUGAAACUGUAGCUGUAUUGGGUGCCGGUUUGAUGGGUGCUGGUAUAGCUCAUGUUAGCAUAGACAAAGGCUAUAAAGUCAUAUUGAAAGAUACUACUUCUGCUGGUCUGUCUAGAGGUGUUGGUCAGGUUUAUGCCGGUCUUGAUGGUGCUGUUAAGAGGAAGAAAAUAUCUGGUUUGGAGAGAGACAAAUAUAUGUCUAACUUAAAUUCUACUUUGAAUUAUGACGCUUUCAAAAAAGCAGACAUUGUAAUUGAAGCAGUAUUUGAAGAUCUGAAUAUUAAACACAAAGUUCUGAAAGAAGUGGAAGCUGUUGUUAAACCAGAUUGUAUAUUUGCUUCAAACACUAGCGCCUUACCCAUUAAUCAGAUUGCUGCUGCUUCUAAGAGACCAGAAAAUGUAAUAGGUAUGCAUUACUUUUCCCCAGUUGACAAAAUGCAACUAUUGGAAAUUAUAACGACAGAUAAAACUAGCAAAGAGGCUACCGCCAUUGCUGUAGAUGUGGGUUUAAAACAAGGAAAAGUAGUAAUAAUUGUUGGGGAUGGUCCUGGUUUUUACACAACCAGAAUUUUAUCAGCCAUGAUGGCCGAGAGUAUAAGACUGCUACAAGAAGGAGUUGAUCCUAAAGACUUAGAUUCGCUGACCAAAAAAUUCGGUUUUCCUGUUGGUGCUGCUACCUUAGCAGAUGAAGUCGGACUGGAUGUAGCGGCACAUAUUAGUCCUAAUUUGGCAAAGGCAUUUGGCGAGAGGUUUUCUGGAGGAGAUUUAGGUGUUUUGAGAGAUAUCGUUCAAGCAGGAUUCUUAGGUCGUAAAUCCGGAAAGGGAAUUUACGUUUAUGAAAAAGGAAGCAAAAAUCGAGACGUUAAUUUCGAAGCUUUAGAAGUACUGAAGAAAUAUUCAAUUCAGCCAAAAGGUGAUUUUGAAGAUGAAGAUAAGACUUUGAGGAUGGUAUCAAGAUUUGUAAACGAAGCUGUCCUAUGUUUAGAAGAAAAAAUUCUAGCAAAUCCAUUGGAAGGAGACAUUGGUGCGGUAUUUGGUUUGGGAUUCCCACCAUUCUCUGGAGGUCCAUUCAGAUGGGUAGAUCAAUACGGAGCCGCUAAAUUAGUAUCGAAAAUGGAAAAAUAUCAACAUUCCUAUGGUUUACCUUUCCAACCUGCUCAAACUCUCAUCGAUAUGGCCAAAGAUCCCAGCAAAAAGUUCCAUCCUAAGUAAAAAUUUAAUACUACUGGAUUGUGCCUUCUUUUUUCCAUUAACUAUCCUAUAUGUAUUUUUUUACAUACUUCGUUAUAAGUAGCAUUUGUUAUAUACUAUGGAUAAAUUUUUAUAAGUCUGUAUAUCCUAAGAAAUAUAUUUUAAUACUGUUUAAA